AUGCAGUCAAUAGAGCAACCCAGGCAAGCAAACCUUCCGCCAGCCUUGGAACACGACUUCGGUUCACUUUUCAGUCCCGAGUUGGGUCUUGCUAAGCGGUUCACGCAUCGUGUCAAGAUUUGGCAAGGCGUGCAGCUGGUACCUUCGAAGCUGCGCUGUCUUCCAUAUUCACGUCGGGAACCAGUGUCGAAAGAACUUCACAGGUUGCUGAGCCUUGACAUCAUCGAACGCAUCGAUGCUUCUGAAUGGGUUUCGCCCAUUGUUGUCGUUGACAAGAAAGACGGCAACAUCAGAAUUUGUGUUGACUUCCGGGAGCCUAACAAGGCUAUUGUACCAGACAGCUUCCCGUUGCCUCAUACAGAGGAACUCCUUCAUGCCUUGGUAGGCGCGACACACUUCUCAAAACUUGACUUGGCUUCUGCCUACCAUCAGGUUCUUUUGCACCCUGACUGCAGGGACCUGACAGCCUUCAUCACGCAUGAAGGACUUUUUCGGUUCAAGAGAAGUUGCUUUGGGUUAGCUUCUGCCCCAGCGGCAUUUAAGAAGAUGAUAGCCACAAUUCUGGAUGGCUGCCCUGGUGCGUUGUUCUACAUUGAUGACGUGAUAGUCUUUGGGAAAAGUGCAGAAGAACAUCUUUUGAACCUAACAAAGGUCUUGCAGAAAGUCAAGUACGCAGGCCUGAAAUUGAACGACAAAUGCCUUUUCGACGUUCCAGAACUUUCUUUCCUAGGGCAUAAGGUCACUGCACAAGAAUACUAUUCCAAGUUUGUUCCCCGCUUGGCCCAGGUGGUCGAGCCUAUGCGAGUUCUGCUUCGCAAGAAUAAGCCAUUCAUCUGGUCAGCCGAAGCAGACAACAGUUUCCGGAGGGUCAACGAAAUGCUUUCUUCAAGUACAGUUGUCCACAAGUUCGAUCCAUCACUUCCAGUCAUCGUGUCGACCGACGCUUCUGACUGUGGGCUGGGAACCGUUCUGCAGCAGCAAAAUGGCCAUGAGCUCCGCAUAGUGGCUUUCGCGUCUCAUUUGAACGGACCAUCAGGCGUUGGUAUCGUUGCUGUCUUCGCAAGGACGUGGCAGAAGGCCACUUCAAAUUGCACGCUGAAUACGCGACUCCUAUGCUUCGAUUUCUCUGUCGAGUACCGCAAGGGGUCCACCAACACGGUGGCAGAUGCUCUAUCUCGGCUGUCAGCUCCUGCCGCGCAGGCACAGCUGGCCAAGGAUGAAGAAAUUGUGUCGUUGGUCGAGUCGGCUUGCGUGACGAAGGAAGAAUUCAAGCAAGCCGUCCUCAACGAUGGUUGUCUGCAAACGGUCAAGUCGUUCGUGCUCGGUUCUUGGCCACCACAAAAGUCCAUACCAAAGGAGGCAAAACAUUUCUACUCUGUGCGCGAAGAACUUUCUGUUGUUGAUGACCUUCUACUGCGCGCAGAACGCCUCGUUGUUCCGUCCUCACUCACGGCUCAGUUCAUCGCCGUUGCCCACAAGGCACAUCCGGGCAUCACGCGCACAAAGGCGCGACUUCGUGAGCUAUUCUGGUGGCCACGGAUGGACAAGCAAGCUGAAUAUGCCGUGAAAAACUGUCACAUCUGCCUGGAGGCAGAUAAGUCUUCCAAAACAUCGCCAGCGCCAUUGCAGCCAAUUGACUGGCCUGAAAGGCCAUGGCAGAAACUGGGCCUAGACAUUGUUGGCCCAUUGGAACAUGCACCUAACAAUAGCCAAUUUGCUAUAACACUGGCCGAUUACCAUUCCAAAUGGCCAGAGAUAUAUUUCUGCAGCGAAGUGGCCACAAGCACCGUGAAAGACUUCUUAACCAGUGUUUUUGCCCGUGAAGGAUACCCGGAAGAGAUUGUUUGCGACAAUGGGCCGCAGUUCACUUCACGUGAAUUUGUAAGCUUUCUUCAAAACCGAGCCAUCAAGCUGUCUCAUUCGUCUGUAUAUUACCCCCAGGCGAAUGGGCAAGUCGAGAGGUUCAAUCGAACUCUGAAGAACUUCAGCCAGGUUUCACUCCUCGAAAGGAGACCUAUCCGACAAGCGGUUACGGACUACCUCUCUAUUUACCGCUGUACUCCACAGGCUACCACUGGAGUUGCCCCAGCAGUUCAGCUGCAUGGGCGAAUGCCCCGAACCAGAUUGGAUGUUGUGGGGUUUUCGGCACCAGUGUUUGCAAAAGACCCAGCAAAGGAACUGGCGCGACUGCGCCAAAUGGUCCGGCUUCAACAGCAAAGCAGUAAGGAGUACACGGACCGCCGGAGAGCUGCUAAGCAGCCAAAGAUAGCUGUGGGUGAUUUCGUUCGUAUCAACAAGCCGUCCGUUCGCUUCAAGGGGGAUCGCUCCUUUUCCUCGCCAACUGAGGUGUUGGGGAGGAGGGGACCUGCUUCUUUCCGACUUGCAGACGGCCGAACAUGGAACGCCUCCAAGUUUUCCCGGGUUUCUGAGAGGGGCACGAGUCCACAAUACGAACGUUCGCAGCUACCUGCGCCACAGCUUCCGGUUCAAGUGCCGCAGCCUGCCCUGCCGCCGCCGCCUUCUCCCGAGUCGCAGCCGCCGCCUCCUGGCCUGCCUGUACCGCAGCCUGCCAUGCUGCAGCCUCCUUCUCCUGGGCCGCAAUCGCGGUCUCCUGGCGUACUACAGAGCUCUACAAGCUCAUUACCAGCUCCGGCCGUGCAGCAUCCCCAUCGGCCGUCCCGAGAGCGCCGGCCACCGGUCUGGCUCAAGGACUAUCAGACCCACUAG